AUGUCGAGUCUCGAGGAUAUCAAGAAUGAGACUGUUGAUCUGGAAAAAAUUCCGAUUGAGGAAGUGUUCCAGCAGCUGAAAUGUACGAGGGAAGGAUUAACAACACAGGAAGGGGAAGACAGGAUUCAGAUCUUUGGCCCCAACAAGCUCGAAGAGAAAAAGGAAAGCAAGUUUCUGAAGUUUUUGGGGUUCAUGUGGAAUCCACUCUCAUGGGUCAUGGAAGCUGCUGCAAUCAUGGCUAUUGCCUUGGCCAACGGUGAUGGUAGGCCUCCGGAUUGGCAAGAUUUCGUCGGUAUUAUCUGUCUUCUUGUUAUCAACUCAACCAUCAGUUUCAUCGAAGAAAACAAUGCCGGUAACGCCGCUGCUGCUCUCAUGGCUGGUCUUGCUCCCAAAACCAAGGUGCUUAGAGAUGGGAAAUGGAGUGAGCAAGAAGCUGCAAUUCUUGUCCCAGGAGAUAUUGUUAGCAUUAAGCUAGGAGACAUCAUCCCAGCCGAUGCUCGUCUUCUUGAAGGUGAUCCUUUAAAGGUUGACCAAUCUGCUCUUACCGGAGAGUCUCUUCCUGUGACUAAGCAUCCUGGUCAAGAAGUCUUCUCUGGCUCAACCUGCAAACAAGGAGAGAUCGAGGCGGUGGUUAUCGCCACUGGUGUUCACACCUUCUUUGGCAAAGCUGCUCAUCUUGUGGACAGCACUAACCAAGUUGGACAUUUCCAGAAGGUGCUCACAGCUAUUGGAAACUUCUGUAUCUGCUCCAUUGCCAUUGGUAUGGUGAUUGAGAUCAUCGUCAUGUACCCUAUCCAAAGACGAAAGUACAGAGAUGGAAUUGACAAUCUCUUGGUUCUGUUGAUCGGUGGUAUCCCCAUUGCUAUGCCUACUGUCUUGUCUGUCACCAUGGCUAUUGGAUCUCACAGGCUGUCUCAGCAAGGUGCCAUCACCAAGCGUAUGACUGCCAUUGAAGAAAUGGCGGGGAUGGAUGUUCUCUGCAGUGACAAAACCGGAACGCUAACGCUUAACAAGCUGAGUGUGGAUAAAAACUUGGUUGAGGUUUUCUGCAAAGGUGUUGAGAAAGAUCAAGUCCUUUUGUUUGCUGCUAUGGCUUCUAGAAUUGAGAACCAGGAUGCUAUUGAUGCAGCCAUGGUUGGGAUGCUUGCUGAUCCAAAGGAGGCUAGAGCUGGAAUCAGGGAGGUUCACUUCCUUCCAUUUAACCCUGUGGAUAAGAGAACUGCUUUGACUUACAUUGACGGAAGUGGUAACUGGCACAGAGUUAGUAAAGGUGCUCCAGAGCAGAUUCUUGAACUUGCCAAAGCCAGCAAUGACCUUAGCAAGAAGGUUCUCUCUAUUAUCGACAAGUAUGCCGAGCGUGGUCUUAGGUCGUUGGCUGUUGCUCGCCAGGUGGUGCCAGAGAAAACUAAGGAAAGCCCGGGAGGACCUUGGGAAUUUGUUGGCUUGUUGCCACUUUUUGACCCUCCAAGACAUGACAGUGCUGAAACCAUUCGUAGAGCUUUGAAUCUUGGUGUUAAUGUCAAGAUGAUUACUGGUGACCAACUUGCUAUUGGUAAAGAAACUGGUCGUAGACUUGGAAUGGGAACAAACAUGUAUCCAUCUUCAGCUCUUCUUGGCACUCACAAAGACGCAAAUCUUGCAUCCAUUCCUGUUGAGGAGCUGAUCGAAAAGGCUGAUGGUUUUGCCGGAGUCUUCCCAG